AUGUACAAAGGGAAAAGAAAGUACAUUGAAAUUUGGCAGAAAGUUGAAAUUGCUGAAUUUUACAUUCAACACCAAAAUGAGAUGAGCAUGAGAGAUGUUGCUGCAAAGUUUCAUGUCAACUCCUUUAGCUCGAUUUCCGAAUGGGUGAAUAAGCUUGAUGAGUUGAAGAAAUCAGUAAAAUCUGAUAAAAAAUUAAAAUUAGAAAGCUUCACUCAAUUUCCAGAGCUAGAGAAAGAACUAGUUCAUUGGUUUACUGCAAUCCGUGAGCAAGGUAUUCAGGUUCUCAGAUCAACGAUUGAGGAGAAAGCAAAAAGUUUGGCGGCAGAAAUGGGAUUGGCGCGAUUCGGCUGUGGAGAUAAAUGGUGGCAAGGAUUUAGGACCAGAAAUAAUUUAUCUUUCAGAAAAAUCAAUGCCUCAAGCAUUAAGCCAAUCGAAAAAGAGGCAGAACUUGUCAGGCAAUACCUAGAUGAUUUAGCGUCAUUGCUUCCUCAAUUCGUUCCAUCUAACAUUUACAAUUUCGAUGAAACGAGAUUUGAUUGAGAUGUAAAAAGCAAGUUCACUUAUGAUUUCAAGGGAACUCAACGAAUUCUAGGCGUUCAAUCAGCUAAAAUGAACCAUUUUAUCACUGUUAUGCUUAUGAUUAGAGCUGAUGGAGAAAAAAUGCCUGCUUUGCUCAUUUUUCAAGAGAAAAAAUGGCCAGAUCCCGAACCUUGUAAGAGAAAGACUGAAUAUUCCAGAAAAUGUCAUCAUAAAAUCAAAUAA